AGUAACUUCAGCUUCCGGUGGAAACGGCGUGUUGGUGCAGUCAGCCCCGCGGACAGCUCGAGCACCAUGGCUCGAAAUGCAGAAAAGGCCAUGACGGCUUUGGCGAGAUUUCGCCAAGCUCAACUUGAGGAAGGGAAAGUUAAGGAACGAAGACCUUUUCUUGCCUCUGAAUGUAAUGAGCUACCGAAAGCAGAAAAAUGGCGACGACAGAUUAUUGGAGAGAUCUCAAAAAAAGUGGCACAAAUUCAAAAUGCUGGUUUGGGUGAAUUCAGAAUUCGGGACCUGAAUGAUGAAAUUAAUAAACUCCUAAGAGAGAAAGGACACUGGGAGGUUCGAAUAAAGGAACUGGGAGGUCCUGAUUAUGGAAAAGUUGGCCCUAAAAUGCUAGACCAUGAAGGCAAAGAGGUUCCAGGAAAUCGAGGUUACAAAUAUUUUGGAGCAGCUAAAGAUCUUCCAGGUGUUAGAGAGCUUUUUGAAAAAGAACCCCUUCCUCCUCCCAGGAAGACUCGAGCUGAGCUCAUGAAGGCUAUUGAUGCUGAAUACUAUGGUUACCGAGAUGAAGAUGAUGGCAUUUUGGAACCUUUAGAGCAGGAGCACGAAAAGAAAGUCAUAGCAGAAGCAGUAGAAAAAUGGAAAGCUGAAAGAGAGGCCCGGCUGGCAAGAGGUGACAAAGAAGAGGAGGAGGAAGAAAUAAACAUCUAUGCUGUCAAUGAUGAUGAGUCUGAUGAGGAGAGUGCCAAGGAAAAAGAAGGAGAAGAAGGCCAGCAGAAAUUUAUUGCUCACGUCCCAGUGCCCUCCCAGCAGGAGAUUGAAGAAGCUCUUGUACGAAGAAAGAAGAUGGAACUCCUACAAAAGUAUGCCAGUGAAACACUCCUGGCCCAGAGUGAGGAAGCUAAGAGGCUUCUUGGAUUUUAGUAUCUGAUUAUCAUCUGGCGUGGAGUUUCCUUAAUGGUUCAUGAAUACACUUGCCAUCCAACCAGUUCUGUUCACUAACAGAUACAGACUGCCAUGAAAGGCUGAAAGUGGUCUUUUUUCCAGUAGCUUUGGGGAUUGCUUAAUAGUAAUAUUUUUUUCUUUAGUUCCAACCUUGAGUUGUAAAGAUCAUUUUUUUUUUAAUCUAAGAGAUGGUGAAGAACUAAUUGAUUUGGUUUGCUGUCCCCAAGUAUUCCUGGUUGGGUCGUUCAUGUGCUGAACAUUUCAGCGAUUUAUUUUGUAUAAAUGUUUUAUUACUGUAUAAAUAAUUUUGCUUAUUAAGUUUGUAAUACCUAAUCACU